GGUCUUUGGUCGGGAGAGGAAAAGGACUCUGAAUCGAGUUUACCUUCGAACGUUGCCAAAGUGAAGCCACAACCACAGUCCGGGUCUGAGCACCUACAGAGUGAUGGAAAAGCAGCAGCUAGUGUCCCGAAUGGUUGCCAUACUGCUCCUCCCAAAAGCCCCGGGAUUGCGCCUUUUCCCGGCCUGGGUGGUUUCAUGUUUUCGCCCUUCCCGGUGAUGUUUGGAGAUGUGUCAAUGGGACGGGGCUACACUUCUGUCGGUUCUGUUCUUCAACCACUUAUUCCGCCAUCCAAUGCAUCUAGUCCUCCCAUCGGUCAACCGCUUUACCAGCAACCCCCCUCUCUCGCUGCUAACGGAGCGAUGAACCAACGUCCUCUUCCAAUACGUUCCAACUAUAUGGAUCAGAACGCGAUGUUUGCUGCUAGUCUCCCGGCGUCGCAGAACGUUUCAUGGAAUAUCGGCAACAUCGGAAGCAUGCUGGAUAGCGCUUGCAAUGCUGCUUUGUCGGGUACUCCAUCUCCACAACUUGCUGCGACCCAUAUCUCAUCCUCUGUGCAGCAUCCACCACCCAAUAUGAUACUGCAACAUCGCAUCUUAGUUAGGGCUCCAAGAUUACUGUCCCAUGAGAUCCCCGCAGGUCUAGAUUUGUCUGGACGCUGCCUUUACGACCAGAAUCAUUCGCAGUCUCUCGCUCAUGGAUAUGGAGUGGGAAACUUGGCAGUUGCUGGAGGGCAUUUGGGACCGCCACACCCUCCGCCGAAUGUAGGAGCACCAACAACUCUGGUUCCUCCACCGCCUAUUCCUCCUCCUGAGCUGAUGAAUAUCCCCCCUCCGAUUGGCAGUCAGCGCGUCGCACCCGUGACGAUACAGUACGCAGGAUUUCCCCCGGCUCCACCUCUCAAUCAUGCUGUUCAUCCCUCGCAUAAUUUCGCCCAACCACCUCCGAAUGUCAGGCAUGAAGCGAUGUUUAUGCAGGCACUCGGGCAAGUGAGAACGUAG